AGUCACGGGCAUUUUUACUAUCAGCUGUGCUGAACAAUCCCAUUCGCUGUUUUUAUCAAUUUGGAUAAAAUUCUUGUUAUUCAGUUAUUACCAUAAAAAGUAUUAGAUGUCAAUAACAGGAGUGGGCGAUUAAAUCAACCCAAUUCAGCUAGGCGCCCUAAUAGUUGAUAAAAUGCGAACAGUGCAUUAAAUUGUAGGCGGAGGACCAGUGGCGAUAAGUGAAUCCAGUCACAUGGACAGAAGGUGGAAUCCAGAAAAAAUCGAGGAGCAGAGCUCCCUCUUGGCAGCGGAAUAUUCCUCCAGCUCGGGAGCAGCUGCUUCCGGAUCCGAGGACGAGACGGUCACCACUAGUGGAGCGCUACGCAGCAAAGCAAAGCUGAGGAAGCGGCAGCUAAGAAAUCGCAUGCCGCUUCCCAGGAUGUUAAGACGCCUUGGCUGCUACACGCUGAGCGCCUUCCUAAUCUGUGGGCUGCUCCUCGUCUACCUGCCGCUCGUCUACUUGGAUGUACACAAGCGUAGUGCUGGUCUGCCGGAUUGGACGUCAGAGACCUCCCGCAGCAUAGCUGACUACCUGGAUAUCGGGCUCAGUUCUGGCGUCAUUGUUCCCAAGGACUUUUGCCGGAAUAAGACCUUCCUGGUAAUCGCCGUAUGCACCGGCGUGGACAACUUCAUUCAGCGACAUACCAUCCGUGAGACCUGGGGCAAUACCACCGAGUUCAACUACCCAGCGUUUGGAAAGCUCCAUGGUCAUCUCAAGGGUCACUACCUGCCGCCACUGCCGGAUCGCUUAAAGAUGUACGGGGAUUAUUUGAGCGGCGAGGGGCAGUCUCUGACUGCCUCAGUGCGCAUUGUUUUCAUUGUAGGCCGCCAGAAAGAUGAGGCCAUGUUGGGCAAUGAGACCCUGAAUCGCAUUCACAUUGAAUCGGAAAAGUACAACGACAUCAUUCAGGAGAACUUCGUGGAUAGCUACAACAACCUGACGCUUAAGUCUGUGAUGGCUCUAAAGCACAUUAGCCGCAGUUGCUUUAAUACCGCGGUCUACUUCCUCAAGUGCGACGACGAUACCUUCGUAAAUAUACCCAAUUUGCUGAACUUUCUGCUCGGAGGAACUAUACCGUUGUACAAUGAUACCCUAGAUUACCACGACCGGUCCACCUAUUUAGUCACUGCACCGCAAACCCGAUUGAAAGCCAGCAGCGAUGUGUUGUACGGCCAUCAGUUUUGCAACGUGGUGCCGGUUAGCGAAGUAAGCAGCAAGUGGUACAUGCCCUCAUACAUGUAUAAGCCGGAGUCGUAUCCAAAGUAUCUUUCCGGAGCCGGCUAUCUCAUGUCCAUCGAUGUAGUGCAGCGCUUGUUCGAGGCUUCGCUUAAUACGACGCUGGUCUAUCUGGAGGACGUGUACAUCACUGGGUUGUGUGCACAAAAAGCUAAGAUCAAUCGACACCACCACCCGCUCUUCAGCUUCGCCCACUCGAAACAGAUGUGCGCUUUCAAGGGCACCAUCACACAGCAUCAGUUAAAAGACGAUAGCAUGGUAUCCGCCUGGAACUACGUGUCCAACUACUCCAUCAAAUGUCCGCCUCCUGGGCGGUACUUUAGCCAGGUGCGACUGCGCAAGCGGCCUAUCUGUUAGAUGUCCUAACCUAGAACUUCACGGUAAAUUUAUCCACUACCCCUUCCCAUUUCUCCUGCUCUCUGGAUAAAAACCGAUAUACUAUAUGUUUAAAGCUUCGGCAUAGAUUUUUGACAUUCAGUUCCUAUAAUUUCUUGCGGACCACAUUGGGAUAAAAUGUAAUCAACUUGAAUUGAACAGUGAUAAUUAAUCCUAAAAAGGUCAUACAUACAAUGAUUUUGAUUUCAUAUUAGUUUAUGACGAUAACUUCGCUUGUCAAGGCAUGUAUAUACAAUUUUAGAUGGCCUAGCACUCUCAAUACUCCAUAUCAAUGUUAAAAGUAAUGCACGAGCUAAAUAUCUCAUAAAUCCAUAUUCUUAUAAUCUUAAGAAAUUAUUUAACGACAUAGUGUUUAUAAUAGAAGAGAAAGUAUUUAUUUUUGGACAUGACUCGCCACAUAUAUGUAUCCUUAUUUACCAUAUGCUGUAAAUUAGUUUUUAGUUGGCACACAUCAUCACUAUCUUUUCUCUUCUAAACUAAAACUAUCAACUAUCUAUUGAAUUGACGCACAGCAGUGUUCUUUAAUAAGAAACCAUUUUCUUAAUUUAUGAUACGUUAUAGAACUAUAUUAAUUUAAUAUGAAAGAUUGCCAAAUAAACAAAUUGUUUCUGUUCAAAAGAGCGAAUAAAUUUUAAAACCAGUCC